CCCCCUCUGCCGGCGCGGGAAGGAAGGCCACGUUGCGUCCACCCGCGCGCUUCUCGUGACAGGCAGCCCGCGCACGGCGGCGCGCCCGUCGUCGUCUCGCGCAGGUGGAGAGCCGCGGCCGGGGGGCCCGCACUCCACAAGCUUGUCACGGGAGAGAUCGAGGCCGACGACCGUGAUAGCCGAAGCGAAAGCAAAAGGGGGACCGCGCCAUGGCGGAGCGGAGGAUCGGCGUGGCGAUGGACUUCUCGCCGAGCAGCAAGAAGGCGCUGCGGUGGGCGGCCGACAACCUGGUGCGCAAGGGCGACACGCUCGUGCUCCUCCACGUCCGGCACCACGGCCGCGUGGAGAGCAAGAACGUCCUCUGGUCCCACACCGGAUCGCCGCUGAUCCCGCUGGAGGAGCUCAUGGAGGCGCAGGUGAGGCAGCGCUACGACAUGCCGGAGGACGCCGAGGUGUACGACACGCUCAACGCCCUGGCCCGGGAGAAGGAGCUGUGCGUGGUGGUGAAGAUGUACUGGGGCGACCCGAGGGAGAAGGUGUGCGACGCGGUGGGGGAGCUCAACCUCGAGUCGCUCGUCAUGGGCAGCCGUGGCCUCGGCCAGAUCCAGAGGAUUCUGCUGGGUAGUGUGACGAACUACGUGCUGUCUAACGCAUCAUGCCCUGUGACCGUCGUCAAGUCAAAGUAGUGAGUGUCAUCUACAGCUACAGGGAUACAAUCUGCAACUAGAACAUGCAUGGACAAAGAUCACAGAAUAACCUCGAUGUAUUGCAUCUUACUUCAGCUGUUAUUACUACGUAUCGUGUAGUAUCCAUCUGUCAUUUGUUGCCUCUGGACAUGACUAAAUCAAGGAUGAAUUUGUUUGUGGCCUAAA